GGACUCCUGUCCCUGUAUUCUCUGUUUCCCCUUAUCUGUGGGGCCCUUUUCUGGGUUCUUUCUUCCGCCGGCUUGGCGACCGUUUUCUCGAGCUAUCCGCCGCCCAAACGGCGGAUUGCUCAUUCCAGGAACCCUUUGGGGUAACGCUCACCCCUUUCAUCCACCCCCACCCCGCGGUCUCUCGACCGCGCACAUCCCGACCGGCGCUCACGGGAUUUUCGCUCCCGGCGCCGGCAGCGGCCAUCUUGGAUCUCGCAUCUCGCGAGAUCCACGGCUGCCAUUUUAAGCCCCACCGAGCCACUUGCAGACUGUGCCUGGCUCCUACUUACACCCGGUCACCUUCAAACACGUCCCAGACUAUCUUCUA